UGUACGUCGCACAGAGACCAACUCACUCGUCAAGACUACACAAAAGAGAUCCUGGGACGCCAGGAUACCAUGCAUCACAAUGUGGAGAUAGCUGCCCUCGAAGUACAACAGUGGUUGUCGUGACUGCAAAAACAACGCCUACAUCUAUCCCAGGAUUUGAUAGCACAGCUAUGAGAGCGAGAGGAGAAGUGUGGAUGGUUGCCUUGCUCAUGGUUGCGUCUUUCUUUACAUUUUUCCUGUAA